CGGGCGCCCAGUGACUUACACUGGCCAAGGCUGGGGACACUCGUCUCUCCGCGGCAGCCAUGGCCUCCUGGAACAAGGGCAGAAGUUGUCUGGCGGCCGCGUUACUGCAGAACCGAGUGGCCAUCGUCACCGGCGGGGCCACGGGUAUAGGAAAGGCCAUCGCGAAGGAGCUCCUGCAGUUGGGGAGUAAUGUGGUCAUUGCAUCCCGUAAGUUUGAUAGGUUGAAAUCUGCUGCAAGAGAACUGCAGGAUGACCUACCUCCCACCAGCCAGGCUCGAGUCACUCCCAUACAAUGCAACAUCCGGAAUGAAGAGGAGGUGAAUAAUCUGGUCAAAUCUACCUUAGAUAUUUAUGGUAAGAUCAAUUUCUUGGUAAACAAUGGAGGAGGCCAGUUCCUUUCCCCCGCUGAACACAUCACUUCAAAGGGAUGGCAUGCUGUGAUUGAGACCAACCUGACGGGCACCUUCUACAUGUGCAAAACAGUUUACAACUCCUGGAUGAAAGAGCAUGGAGGAUCCAUUGUUAAUAUCAUUGUCCUUACUAAAAAUGGAUUUCCGUCAGCUGCGCACAGUGGAGCUGCAAGAGAAGGUGUUUACAACCUCUCCAAAUCCUUAGCUGUGGAAUGGGCCAGUAGUGGAGUAAGGAUCAAUUGUGUUGCCCCUGGAAUAAUUUAUUCCCAGACUGCUAUGAACAACUACGCUGAUUUUGGACAAAACCUUUUUGAAGGGUACUUUAAGCAUAUCCCAGCUAAACGAAUUGGUGUUCCUGAGGAGAUCUCCCCCUUGGUGUGCUUCCUGCUGUCUCCUGCAGCUUCCUUUAUCACUGGACAGUUGGUGGAUGUGGAUGGGGGCCAGUCUCUCUACACUCAUUCAUAUGAGAUACCAGAUCAUGACAACUGGCCAGAGGGCGCAGGGGACCUCACUGUUGUCAAAAAGAUGAAGGAGUCUUUCAAGCACAGAGCUAAGCCCUAGGCUGAGGAAACCAGGAGGCGUCCUUUGUCCCUGAGUGGCCUUAACUUCUUGAGAAUGCAGGUCUGCACUUUUUAAGAGCUUAUAAUUUGUAUGGAAAAAAAUUUUCUGCUUUUUUAAAUGUUACAAUGAUAUCUAGGCAAAAAUUAUUCCUGAAAUAAUGCACUUUUAUGUCUCAAUGUCUUUAUAACAUAUGAUUAAAAAAAAAUUUAAGUAACAGAAGUUAACAUAUUUAUAUGAUUUUACUUUUUAUUUCUAAGAAAGGUAUGUGAAAAAUGAAAUAAUUUGAAAUCAAUAAUAAUUAAAUGGAUCAUGAGCUCCCAGGAGGUUUUGUUAUUUAAUUGUAAAGGUAGAAAAUAAAUCUAAAUUGUGGCAUAAUUGUGAUUAUUACAACUAGAAUUAUACAGUGACUUCCCUUUGGUGGCAAAUACUUUUGGAUCAAUAAAGCCUUAUGGUAAUUGUU